AUGAUGCAUACCAAUGGGAUGUGGAGCCACACAAAAAUUAUCAUGUGGUUUCUUCUGUUCUGUAUGUUUGUCAAGAUGGUGUUCCCUGCUGGAGAUGACACCAUCAUUGCUACUAAGAAUGGAAUGGUCAAAGGUAUUAAUUUACCUGUUCUUGGUGGAACAGUUACUGCAUUUCUUGGGAUUCCUUUUGCAACACCACCUAUUGGUAGGCUACGUUUCAAAAAGCCAGAAUCUCGAGAAGAAUGGAAAGGAACUUGGGAUGCAACCAAGUUUGCCAACUCUUGCUUUCAACUCCUAGAUAAUACUUUCCCUGGCUUUGAAGGAUCAGAGAUGUGGAAUCCAAACACAAAACUUAGUGAAGACUGCCUUUAUCUCAAUGUAUGGGUUCCUUCCCCCAAGCCUAAAAAUGCAUCAGUCAUGGUAUGGAUUUUUGGAGGUGGCUUUCACAGUGGAACAUCUUCACUCUCUGUUUAUGAUGGCAAGUUUCUAGCUCGUGUGGAAAGAGUCAUUGUCGUAUCAAUGAAUUAUAGAGUAGGGCCUUUUGGAUUCUUGGCUUUGCCAGGAAAUGAAGGCGCCCCAGGAAAUGUAGGUUUGUUUGAUCAAAGGCUGGCACUUCAGUGGAUCCAUGACAACAUAGGAAACUUUGGAGGUAAUUCUAAAAGUGUGACCUUGUUUGGAGAAAGUGCUGGAGCAGGAUCUGUUAGCUUCCAUCUUCUUUCUCCUCAAAGCUAUCCUCUCUUCACGAGGGCGAUCAUGCAAAGUGGAUCUGGGAAUGCUCCUUGGGGUGUAAUUCUACCAUCUGAAGCAAGAAAAAGAACUCUAGCUCUAGCUGAACUCCUCCACUGUACUGGCAAUGAAACUGAGAUCAUAUUCUGUUUUCAAAACAAGGAACCCCAAGAGCUAUUGGAGAAAGGAGAAGCUUCAACAAUAUACACCGGUCUUAUACAUUUGCAGUUUUGUCCCGUAGUUGAUGGUGACUUUCUUGCUGAUAUACCAGAAAUAUUGCUGAAAAAUGGACACUUUAAACAAACACAGAUCUUGAUGGGAGUAAACAAAGAUGAAGGUACUACUAUGCUUGUGUAUGGUGCUCCUGGCUUCAGCAAAGAUAACGACAGCAUUAUCAAUGAAACAGAAUUCCAGGCAGGUUUGAAAGUUGCUUUUCCACAAUUAAAUGAAAUGGGAUUGGAAUCUAUUGCUUUUCACUACACAGACUGGGAAGAUGAGAAGAAUAUUUUCAAUUAUCGUGAGGCCAUGGAUGAUAUUAUUGGGGAUUACUAUUUCACAUGUCCUUCAGUAGAGUUCAUAAAACAGUUUGCUUUGGCAGGGAACAAUGCUUUUUUUUACUACUUUGAGCACCGAUCUUCAAAACUUGCUUGGCCAGAAUGGAUGGGAGUUCCACAUGGUUAUGAAAUUGAGUUCGUAUUUGGAUUACCUCUAGAGCGAAGAGUUAAUUAUACUAAAGCAGAGGAAGCACUGAGCAGAUCUAUACUGAAGUAUUGGGCAAAUUUUGCAAAAACUGGAACACCCAAUGGAAAUCAGAUUAAUGGAACAAGAUGGCCAGUGUUCACAACCACUGAACAAACAUACUUAGCAUUAGGCACAAAUGCUGCAAAGAUUCAAACAAAAUUGCGGGCUCAGACAUGCCGAUUCUGGAACAUCCUUUUUCCUAAAGUCCGGGAUAUGAAAGAAAAUAUUGAUGAAGCAGAACGAGAGUGGAAAGCAGGAUUCCUUCGCUGGAACAAUUACAUGAUGGACUGGAAAAAUCAAUUUAAUGAUUACACUAGUAAGAGGCAAAGCUGCACAGGUCUCUAAUUAAAAGUUUCGGCCUUUCUGGAAUGCUUGUACUGUCAAAGAUCAAGGCAAACAUGGAGAUAGUUAAUGUAGCAUAUCUAGCAAUAAGACAUAUUAGGCAGGCUCAGUGACCCAUUACAAAUAUACCAUUCUUCCAGGCCCAUUUCUAUUUAUAUCAAUAACUGUUAUGAAAGCACUUCCACCUUUUGAAGCAUCAGGAAAUGUAAAAUAGGCUUAAAGCAAUUAAAGCCAGAGGAUGAUUGAUGUUGAUAUAAUGGCCCCAGUCCAAUAGUAAAUUAUAUACGCUCUUUAAAAAAUCAAGUUGGUUGUGCUAGCUAUGAGCGGUGAUAUUGUUACAUAUUGGAAUAUGCAACUCACUUAAGAAGAAGCUUCAAGGGCUAAACCUUCUUUGGCCAUUUGGCAAAUGGAAUUGUGUACCUUCCAGUGUGCAUACUAGUGCAUUCUUCUCCUACACCUAUACUGAAAUAUCUGAAAAUAGCUUUGACUGAACACGGUAAGAAUGUGGUCAAGACACUGGCCUCAGAGUACAGUGAACACUAAAACCAGGUAUAAUCACUUUACAAACUUUUGCUUCAAUCCAGAAAGAUAAGUAUAGGAAGGGGAAUAUGAUCCAUUGGUCCACCAUAAUCAGCCUUUCCAAAUGCUUGCAAAAAAAGAGAGCUUUAUUUGACAGUUUCCACAACCUUUUCAUUUGCCCAAGAUGACUGUCAAUAAUGGAAGCUGACACCGGAAACAUAUAAAAAUCAGGUUCCAUAUCCCUAGACUCUAGAUCUAAAUUCAAAGGUGCAGCUGAAUGAGCACCUCACUUAUGUUGCAAUAUAAUCAUGCAACUAUAAUUAAUCAGAUUUGGGUAAGAAAAUUACUGUUCAAACAAACAUUUUCAAUCUAUGACAAUCACAACUGCUUUUUCCUUUAGCAAACCACGGAAAUACCAGCAGCAAUAGAGGAAACCCAAAUGGCUUCAGUUUCAACACAGUGUCAUGGCAUUUUGAUAUUGCUUCAGUUUUAGUAUAAUAUUAUGAGGGAGAAAAUGUAUUUCUUCCUUUUUCUUCCCUUCCAGGACUUUUGUCCUCCAUGGUGACAAUAAUCCCAGAAGACAGCAAUAUGUGGUUCAAUAAUUGCAAAUGUUUACUCACUCAAUGCUUCAAUACACUUUGUUGCUUAAUAUAUUUCUUCAUACUGGUACAACUAUACACUGCUGAUCAACACAACUUUCCUAACUAAUUUAAGCAGAGAUUACUAAUCUAAAAAUCUAAACCAGUAAUCAAAUAGCUACCCAAAACUGUCUUUUACCAUCUUGAUUCCAAAAGAUUUCCUAAUAUGAAAAAGGUGGCAAGAGGAAUAGUAGAAAACAAUAACAAACAGGAUAGUAAGCUGCAGAAUUGAGAAACUCUCACGCAUAACAUAUCAACACAUCAUCACAUACACCUAGAUCAGGGGUGUUAAACUCCUGUCAUCACGUUGUCAUCACGUGAUGUAUCGUGACUUUUUCCUCCUUUGCUA